UUCCUCGUUCAAUUUACUAAUUGAAUCGCGGCGAGGAAAACCGGCAUGGGCGUAGACCGUUCGACGCUCCGCCCUUCGACCCUCUCUCUACACCCACUACGCGAGAACGUUCUCGAGUAGGAUCACGUAUCGUAAUAUGCGCGCUCCCUGCACGAGUCCUACGCAUCACCAAAAUCUCCCUUCUCCCUAUUCCCUUCUCCCUUCUCUCUUCUCGCUUCUCGCUUCUCGCUUCUCGCUACUCGCUUCUCGCUUCUCGCUUCUCGCUUCUUGUUCUCCGUUUUCAGUUCUUAGUUCUUAGUUCUCAGUUCUCGGUUCUUAGUUGUCAGUUGUCAGUUGUCAGUUGUCAGUUGUCAGUUGUCAGUGGCACUCGGACCGCAACCGGAAACGCAUCGUCACGAUUCACGGUGACACGCGCGUGUCGUCCGCUUCGCGUUCCUCUUAAAACUUGGACACGGUUUACGUUGCAAGUUGCAAUCUCUUUUUCAACCCCCGUUGUGACCUCGACUCCAACUCUUGUCGCGCUUCUCUUCGGAUCACGAAACGCGUACAAUUGAAACGAUUCGCUUAUUUCACGGAGAAGAUAUCGCGAGCGGUCUUCUCGACAUGUAAAGUGGUGCAACUUUGAGAGUUUCGAGUUUGUUUCGGACAAGUUUUUUGUUGGAACGGAAAAGGAAAAGGGCUGGUGGUCGAGCGGAAGGAUCGGGCCGCCUAAGAGAAAAAAGGAUCGGAGGUGAAAUUUGUUGUGAUCGGUGUAGCGAAAGAAGCGCGAUGAUGCUGGGAGGCUACGAGGCGCAACCGGAUUACUAUCCGCAAUGGCAUCAACCCUGCAAUUAUGUCACGCAAUUGCCUUACGGUCCGCUGCACGUGCCCGACGCGGACAGCCAAUCGACGUAUUGGGGCGCGGAUUCCGGGAUCUCUGGGGGUAGCUCCGGAGCAGCAAGUCCAACCGCAUCGACGCCACCCCUGAUCGAAGAGAUUGGAGUCCAAGAAACUAGCUACUCCCCUUUGCAACAGUAUCCUCACCCCUCAAUCGGUCAACAUUACUCGAGCAUGGUCUAUCCGGUUCCGAGCUCUGGUCCGAGUCACGCCGACCUCUCCCAUCACCAUCAGCAUCAUCAUCAUCACCACCACCAUCAGCAUCAACAUCAACAUCAACAUCAACAUCAGCACCAGCAGCAACACCAACACCAGCAUCAACAUCAGCAUCAGCAUCAUCAACAUCAAACUCAUAGAAGGGACGGCGAUUACUCCGCGGUUUCGUCGAUCGGUCAGCUCGACGUUUCGCUUUCGGAACACCUCCGACAGGGGACGAGAGAGGCUGGCAUCGUCGUCAGACCAAAGAGGAGAAACACCGCGAAUAAAAAGGAACGAAGGCGAACACAGAGCAUAAACAACGCGUUCGCGGAUCUUCGCGACUGCAUACCGAACGUACCGGCAGACACAAAGUUAUCGAAAAUUAAGACGUUGAGGUUGGCCGCUUCUUACAUCGGUUACUUAAUGGCGGUUCUCGAGAGCGACGAGGGAGACGAACCACCACAAACCUUUCGCGCGGAGAUCCUCUCCAACGCCAGAAGGAAUAAAACAGCUCAGUCGAAUCAGAACGAGUCGUGUUUACAUCCAGCGUCGAGUCUCGCGUCCGAGGAAUCGUCGAAAAGUAAAGGACGAACUGGAUGGCCGCAACAUAUGUGGGCUCUCGAAUUGAAGCAGGAAUCGCAGACCAGCCAGAUGCAAUAAAAUCACCGAUCUCUAUCUAUUUUUGACCAAACGACGGCUGCUGCUGCUCGAAAGAGCACAGAUAUCGAAACCAGGGGAGAUGAGACGAGACGAGACGAGACGAAACCAACUCGAACGCAGGAUAGAUGACCGGAACGAACGAGUAAUUUGAUCGUAAAAUGCCGAGGCAAUCCAUCGUUUGAACGUUGCAUCGAAUCGCGAUCGAAGAUUCUUACCACCUACUACUUGAAUCGACGUGAAAUGGAACGUUUCUGAAAUUUAAUUUAUUCGUGGAUAGGACUAAUUAACGUAACACGCCAAUGAUAUUAGGGCACCGGAAACGUUGUAGAUUGGAUCGGUUUGGAACAUUUAUCGUUUCAAGGUGUAUCGAUGGGAAUAGUCGAUCUCUUGUAAAUACGCGUUUACGAAUGUACGUUGCACGUGUAAAUAAAAGUUUGUUGUUUCAUAGUUGAUAAUUAAACGUUAGUCUUGCACCGGA